AUAUAUAUUUAAGUUUUAAUCUUUUUUUUCUUUUGUUUAAUAAUAAUUUUCCUCAUCCAAAUCUGAAAGCAUUCAAGCCAUUUUUUUUCUCUGUUUCAGACUCCUUCAUCAACUCAGUUCUUAUGAAGUUCUCUGAAAAUGAAUUCCAGAAGAGCGAUAACUCUGUUUUGAGACCGAUUCUUCUUUACUCUUCAAUUUUCCUUCUGGGCUUCUUUACUUCUGAAUCCACGAGUAAUUAAAAACCGCUUAGUUUGCUGAUUCAGGAUUCUAUUGGAUUGGCUCAUUGGCAUGUGGCGUUGGAUGGACUAGAGGAGCUUUACAAGCACUUUUAUAAUCUAAAGCUCUGAAUCAUAAUCAUUGCAUCUGUGGUCAAAUUUGGUUAUCGGGAUGGGUUGUGAAUGUUCGAAGUUCGCAGAUUGUUGUUUUGGUUCAGAGGAAACCAAGCCAGUUGCUAGUGUUCCAGAAGAUGAAAGUGUUGUGAAGAGCGAGUUGGAUGUGCCCACAUUUCGUGAGUUCACCAUUGAUCAAUUGAGGAUGGCUACGUCUGGAUUUGCUGUUGAAAAUAUAGUAUCUGAACAUGGGGAAAAGGCUCCGAAUGUGGUUUACAAGGGGAAGCUCGAUAACCAGAGACGAAUUGCCGUUAAAAGAUUUAAUAGAUCAGCCUGGCCAGAUGCUAGACAAUUUUUGGACGAAGCAAGAGCUGUCGGUCAGCUUCGAAACCAUAGAUUGGCAAAUUUACUUGGCUGUUGCUUCGAGGGCGAGGAGCGGUUGCUUGUUGCAGAAUUUAUGCCCAAUGAAACAUUAGCAAAGCACUUAUUUCAUUGGGAAAAUCAGCCGAUGAAGUGGUCGAUGCGGUUAAGGGUGGCACUACAUCUUGCACAGGCUCUUGAAUAUUGCACCAGCAAAGGGCGAGCACUUUAUCACGAUCUAAAUGCUUACAGAAUUGUUUUUGAUGAUGAAGGAAACCCUCGACUUUCAUGUUUCGGUCUGAUGAAAAAUAGUAGAGAUGGGAGAAGUUACAGCACAAAUUUGGCAUUUACUCCCCCUGAAUAUUUAAGGACAGGUGGAAUAACACCAGAAAGUGUCAUAUACAGCUUUGGAACUCUUUUGCUUGACCUUCUAAGUGGAAAACAUAUUCCUCCAAGCCAUGCUCUAGACCUCAUACGGGACAGGAAUCUUCAGAUGCUUACUGAUUCUUGUCUGGAAGGACAAUUCUCAAAUGAUGAGGGUACUGAAUUAGUGCGGCUUGCUUCACGCUGUUUACAGUAUGAACCUAGAGAGCGUCCCAAUACAAAAUCAUUAGUUGCGGCAUUGAUUCCUCUUCAGAAAGAUGUCGAGGUUCCUUCCCAUGCAUUGAUGGGCAUACCAUAUGAUGCUGCAACUAUGAAUCUGUCAUCUCUUGGUGAAGCUAGCUUAAGAAUGGAUAUGACAGCCAUACAUGAAAUCUUAGAAAAUAUUGGGUACAAGGAUGAUGAGGGUGCAGCAACUGAGCUCUCGUUCCAGAUGUGGACUAACCAGAUGCAGGACACGUUGACCUCGAAGAAAAAGGGUGACUUUGCUUUCCGGCAGAAGGAUUUCAGAGCUGCAAUUGAGUGCUAUACCCAGUUCAUAGAGGUUGGGACCAUGGUUUCUCCAACGGUAUUUGCACGUCGGAGUUUGGCCUAUCUGAUCAGCAGUAUGCCACAGGAAGCCCUUGAUGAUGCAAUGCAAGCCCAAGUAAUAUCUCCUCUUUGGCAUGUUGCAUCCUAUCUGCAAGCUUCUGCACUUUUCGCCCUUGGAAAGGACAACGAGGCACAUAUAGCGCUCCGGGAGGGUUCUGUCCUUGAAAGUAAAAGGAAUGCAGCAACCUGACAACUAGCAAAAUGAUAGACAGAAACUCUCCAUUGAAAUUGCUGUUCUUCUCAAGAUGAGAACAGAUCAGAGUUCGUACAUAUCGCAAAACGUGGGCUUAGGAUUAUCAACAUCUAGAGUUUGAAUGGAGAGAAAUGGAGGUACUUCUACCUGACCUUGAUUUGUUCAUAUUGUCAAGUUGAAGUUUUUUUAAGAUCACUUCUGGAUGGGUUGAUUUGCUGAGUUUUUCUGAGUGUUGGAUAACUUCUUUAUUCAAAACUACAGUAGUCUUAUUGCAUUUGUUCCUUUCUUAAUACAAGCAUUUUGUGAUAUCAUUGAUUAUGUUGCUUUCUGAACAUCAUUUAUCUGUAAAGGAUUCACUUUUAAAUUGCAUUCCAGGUUGAAAUGGAGAAUGCUCUUGUCAACUUCUAAUGCU